AUGGCGGUGUGGGUUCAAAGAGGGCUAGACCCUCAGCUGCUCACCAACAGAGGCCACGCUCUGGACACACCGAAUCUGCCUCAGGAGCUGCCUCCGGGACCCUCAGCAAAUAUCAAUACCACAUUCUUCGAUGGCACGUUUAAAAAUGUGGAAAGUGUGGCCGAAAUUUUCGACUGCCUGGGCUCCCACUUCACCUGGCUGCAGGCUGUCUUCACCAACUUCCCCGUUUUGCUCCAGUUUGUGAACGGUAUGAAGUGUGUCGCUGGCCUCUGCCCCCGGGACCUGGAAGACUAUGGCUGUGCCUGCAGGUUUGAGAUGGAAGGGCCGCCGGUGGACGAGUCUGACAGCUGCUGCUUCCAGCACCGCAGGUGCUACGAGGAGGCUGCUGAGAUGGACUGCCUCCAGGAGCCCACCAAGCUUUCCACAGAUGUCAACUGCAUCAGCAGGAGCAUCACAUGUGCGUCCCAGGACACUUGUGAGCACCUCCUGUGCACCUGUGACAAAGCCGCCAUAGAGUGCUUGGCCCGUUCCAGCAUCAAUUCCUCCCUGAACCACCUGGACCCCUCUUUCUGUCUGGCCCAGACUCCAGAGACAACCAGCAGGAAAGAUCUGACAACCCUUCUGCCCAGAGCAGUUCCUGAGGAGCCCACAGACCCCAGCCUGACAGCCCUCUCAGGAGAAGAACCAGGCCGAGAUCUGGAAGUCAUAGAAGCUGCUAGGGCCACAUCUCCUCCAGGAUCUGCAGAGAUUGCCGCCACGGCUAAAGGUGUCACCAUUGUCCCCGCCGGUAUUAAAUCUUUGGGGUUGGAUGUGCCAUCCCUCAAAAGUGGUCCUGAGAAGACAACGGGACAAGCCUGUGACAGGCUCACUUUCCUGCACCUGGGAAGCGGGGACCACACGUGGGUGAUGCCACAGCUUGGGGAGAUGCUCUUUUGCCUGACGACCCGGUGUCCGGAGGAGUUUGAGUCUUACGGCUGCUACUGUGGGCAAGAGGGACAUGGUGACCCAAGGGAUGCUCUGGACUGGUGCUGUUUGUUCCAUCACUGCUGCCUGGAGCAGGUAAAGACGCUGGGCUGUCUGCUCGAGAGGCCUCCUCGGUCACAGGUGGCGUGCGUGGAUCGUACACCCAAGUGUGUGGGGCAGAGCCUCUGUGAGAAGCUUCUGUGUGCCUGUGACCAGACGGCGGCCGAGUGCAUGGCCUCCGCCUUCUUUAACCAAAGCCUCAAGUCGUCAAACCAACAGGAGUGCCAGGGCCAUCAGGUACUGUGUGACAACAGCAUGCGUGGAGGGCCUUCGGCUUCUUCCCUUGCCUCCAGCUCCGAAGAGAACAGCGAGGAAGCCAUGCCUCUCAGGGAGAGCCUGAGAAGAACCAAAAGAUUUGCGCAGAAGUUACUUGGCCCCGCUGGGACCAGGCCACUGCGUGAGACAUAA